UGACAGAUACCCUUUUAUCGAUCAAAACGCUGCCUUUGUCAUCAUUUCCGUAUCCAAUCUCUCUCUCUCUCCCACCCUUUUUGUUUCAUUUGAUACGGUGUCAUCUGCGACUCUGUUUCUCGGGAUUUCAAUUUCUGGGUAAGUAUAAAUCGCCGAGAGUAAAAAGAAAAACCGAUCUUUUUCGUUGCUUGGCGCGUCCACAUUGACCCAGAUUCGAGGCUUUUGUCUUUGCUCGUUUCUUCAAUUAUGUUCGAGUGUUUGACCCCAUAUCGGCUUGUCUUUUCAUAUGCUGGAUUGGCAAUAAUUUUUUUGGAUUUUAGGAGUACUUUUGUUCUUGGUUGGUUGGUCGUUUGUGGAAGUGAAAGAUUUUGACGGAAAUUCUUGCAUGUUGUGGCGAAAUCGAUACGGGGGCACUUGUAUGAUGGAAGGAUAUAUGACUCUAAUUUAAGGUGCAUUCUUUUAUUUUCUCUGCAGUGCUUGAAUUUGGUUUUCUCAUUGAAACUAGCAGAAGCAAUGUCAGAAAUAAUGGUAUCUAAACAGUCUGUGCCAAGUGUCAUUGCAAGAUUGAUGGGUCUUGAGGAGCUAAAUCCGCAGCAGCCUGUGCAGAAAAGACAGAGAGUGUUGUCUGAGAGUUAUCUACGAAGAGUUGCUUCUAUCGGUGUGUGGGAGAAGCAUUCAUUUCAUGCACGAAAUUCAUUUAGGCUUGGUAGUGAAGAUCAGAAAGAAUGUAAGGAUGCAUUUGGAGUAUCGAUGGCAUUAAAAAAUGAAAAGCUGCAUCUUCCGCCAGUUUUAAAGAGAAAAGUAAAAUCAGGUUCUUCAGAGGUAAAUAGGACCUUUAUGAGGCAGAAGCCGAGAAAUGCAAAGUGUGUCAUGGCUGACAAGAAGCUUCAUGUUUCAAUCGAAGAUUUUGAUGCAUCUGAAGUAAUUGAUUCGGAGCCUCUCAAUGAUUGGCAAUGUGUCCCUUCCCCUUCUCAGUCAGGUCACAUUCCUUUUCCAAAUUCAUCAUCUUUUUCUGAUUUUAGAGGGACCGAUGUACACCAGAGAUUUUGGAGGACGGGCAGAGGAGGAUAUGUUAAAUCCAAUGAGAAAAUCAAGAAUGGCCUUUCUACAGGUUCCAAUGGAGAACAUGGUAUCAGUAAUGUCAGAAAGUUCCACAGAUCUCCAUUUGAGUUUCCCAAUGGAAGACGUAUCCCUGCUAAAAGGAUUGUUGUUUUAAAACCAUUCCCUGAAAGUCCGCAGAAUUCUGUGAAUCAAUUUUCUUCAUCAACUGCAACUCAUGGCUUUCAGUUAGGUGACAGGAAGCAUGGAGGUAUUCUUAAUCCUGAAAGUGAAAAUUUAUUUAUUGAAGCAGAAGGAGGAAAAAACAUAGCUAACAAUAGGAAAUUUCGUAGACUAAGGUCUAGCUUGUCAGAGGAAAGUAAUCGACAAAUCGAACAUGGUUUAAGCAUCAUGUCUGCAAGGGUAACGGAGGUAGAAACUGGAGGUGGGGCCACUACUGAGCUAGAGUCUGGGGCCUCUGGGCUGAACAUAUCUUCUGCCCUUUUCUUUUCUGAUUGGAGGAACCAUUAUCCACCAUCAUAUUCAGGAAUUUCGUAUGUGGCUGUGGAAGCUAAUGAGAAAAUCUUUGGAAGAGGGACGACCGCUAAAAAUUUUAAACGAGUCUGGGCACCUAGUAGGGGCAAAAUGCUUAGAAUGCCUGAUAACAAGUUGAGGCCAAUUUUGGAUGGGAAGCCUAGUCAGCUUGGCUUCAGCAAUCAAAAUUGUCAUGAAAAAGAAUAUGUAAAUUUGGGUUUUCCUUUCUGCAUUAGCAGCUCUGGUGCCAGUGAGGAUAGGAUUGUUAGAUCCACAACUCCCUCAGAUAAUUCCUCUGGAAAUGGGAGCUCUAAAUCCAGUUUCUCACUUCAGAAUGACAGGUAUGUUAUGCCGCUUGAGUCUCUUAAUAGGGUAAGACGAAUGUCAAUGAAGCAAGAACUCAAGGAGAAACGUGGUAUGGUACUGCAACACACAGGACCCAGGUCUUUAGGAUCUCCACCUAAUUCUUCAUGUUUGCCGUCAGGAUUAACUGGAAAUGGUCGGAUUCACCAUUUGAAGUACCAACUUGAGGAGGCAGGUCUGUUUGUACCAAAUUCAGGAGUGCCUAGGUCCUCAGGUUCGAAUAAUCUUUGCUCUUAUUCAGAAGUUGAUCACGCAUUACAAGCAAACUCGGUGACUGAGGAGGAGCUAGAGGUCACACUCGAGGAUAAUGAUCAGUCUGAACAGAAUUGUGUGGUUUCAAGGUCAUCAUUACAUGAUGUAUCCAUUAGUGUGGUUCCUGAUAUAUUGCUUGAUUCAGAAACUGAAGCUAUUGGCCAGUCUUUUGUAAAUGUUGAGAAGCAUUAUGGAUCUACUGAGCACAUCUUGGAGAAAGUUGAUAGUUCUUCUUCUUAUGCCCCCGAAAAAUCAAUUCAACAGGAUAUGCCAAGUGGAGCCUCUGAAGAAGGUUCUGUUUCUUCAUGUUCCAGCACAGAAUUUGAGUCUCUUAUGAGCUUGGAGGAUGCUUACCAUCCUAGCCCAGUUUCAGUUCUGGAGCCAAUUUUCAAGAACAAUAUUUCAUCUUGUUCAGAAAACUUUCAGAAUGGUGGUGCUGAUUUACAAGGUUUACACCUGCAACUCGAAAUUCUGAAAUCUGAGGUGUCAGACUCAGAUGCAUACUCGGAAGGAUCUGGGAUGAUUGUGUCUAGUGAUGAAGACACCGCGGAAGUUGUAUCUAUUGGCUACUCUGAGGAAAAUGAAGAUUCAGUUAAAGAGAAUAGAGAAUUCUCCUAUAUGGUUGAUGUCUUUAGUGAGGCGGGUUUUCAGAGCAGGAAUCCAUAUGUUGGCUCUGAUAAAUGGCAUUCUCCAGAAUGCCUGAUAGACCCUUCUGUCCUUGAGAAAGUAGAGAAGAAAUAUGCUGAGCAGAAAUCGUGGAAGAGAUCAGAAAGGAGGCUGUUAUUUGACCGUAUAAAUUCUGGACUAAUGGAGAUGUUGCAUUCAUGCACGAGUGUGCGUUCGCUGACAAAACCUGUAGGAAGAAGAUUCAGUUUUAGGCAUAGCCCUGAGACAAUUACGGAGGAGCUGUGGAGGUUGCUGGUCAGCCAAGGAAAGCAAGUGUUCAACAAAUUAUCUGAGAAGGUGCUGGGAAACGACGACGGGUGGUUGGAUUUGGGAGAUGAAGUUGAGGUCAUCGGUAUAGAAAUAGAGAAUUCUUUGAUUGAUGAACUGGCAGCAGAGUUUAUUACCAUGGAAAAUUGGUGAUUUUUAAAAAAAAAUUAUUUUAUUUAUCAUUGUCAGAACCACAGGGUAUAGAGAAAUAGUAUCAUUAGUGCAUGUAAGUCUAUUGUUCUGCAUCACUUAAGAGAGGUGUAACUAGGAAAAAAAAGUUUUGAUGGAUUGAGGUUUGAAAUUAGCUGGUUAGUGUGUACCAUUUUUUCUUUGAAAAAUUGCAUCUGACAUUCAAGGUGUGUUUGAUUUAGCUGUUUUUCAAGCAUUUUCUGUUUUCAUUUUCCUGGAAAAUAGAAAACGCCCUAGAAAACGUGUUUGGUGUU